GUGUCCCUCGCGGCGCGCCGUUCGCGCCCAUGAGCGCUUGCGCGGGCGGCGCGGGACGGACCGGCAUGGCGUUCCGGCAAGCGCUGCAGCUGGCGGCCUGCGGCCUGGCCGGGGGCUCAGCCGCCGUGCUCUUCUCGGCUGUGGCGGUGGGGAAGCCCCGCGCGGGGGGGGACGCGGAGCCGCGCGUGUUCGAGCCGCCGGUGUGGGCAGGGGCCGCGCGUCCGGGGCCCGGCGUCUGGGACCCCAACUGGGACAGGCGAGAACCACUGUCGCUGGUCAACCUGCGGAAGAGGAACCUGGGAUCUGGGGACGAUGACGUGCCACCCAGGAUGGACCACUACAAAGCCAAGGCCACAAGGCACAUCUUCCUCAUCAGACACUCCCAGUACCACGUGGAUGCCUCCCUGGAAAAGGACCGCACACUGACACCCCUGGGUCGUGAACAGGCUGAGUUAACUGGUCUCCGGCUGGCAAGCUUGGGGCUGAAGUUUAACAGAAUUGUGCAUUCCUCUAUGACCCGCGCAGUAGAAACCACUGACAUCAUCCGCAAACACCUGCCAGGCGUCUGCACGGUCAGCACAGACCUGCUAAGGGAAGGUGCCCCCAUCGAGCCCGACCCGCCCGUGUCCCACUGGAAACCAGAGGCUGUGCAGUAUUAUGAGGAUGGAGCCCGGAUCGAGGCUGCCUUCCGGAACUACAUCCACCGGGCCGACACCAAGCAGCAGGAGGACAGCUAUGAGGUCUUCGUGUGUCAUGCCAACGUCAUCCGCUACAUUGUGUGCCGGGCGCUGCAGUUCCCCCCAGAAGGCUGGCUCCGCCUUUCCCUCAACAAUGGCAGCAUUACCCACCUGGUGGUCCGGCCUGAUGGUCGUGUGGCGCUCAGAGCCCUCGGGGACACGGGGUUCAUGCCUCCUGACAAGAUCUCCCGCUCCUGAGGCCUGUGCCUGGCUCUGGCAUGGGAGCUGCCGGGAGCACGGGCCCCAUCCCUUGUCCCCUCCCCAGGCAACACUGUGGUUACUUUCUGUUUCUCCAGGACGAGGGGCAAAGUGGAAGUACUUAAACUGGGGCAUUGCAGUCCCUCUUCUGGCCAAGGAUGGAAAGGGGACAUUUGGUCAGAGCAGCCUGAUUUCUCUUGCAAGGUUUCCAGCCUUAGUGUCAUCUCCCAGGACGAGCCUGUGGGGUUUCAGGUGUCACUGGCGUCACUGCAGGGCCAUAGCCGCUCCACACUGAGGAGUCUCUGGUUGUGACCACAACCCAUCCCACAACGUCCUCAAGGAGGGCCAGGGCUUCCACUCUAACUUAUUUCACUUCAUACAUUCUUAACUCUUUUGUCAUAUUUGUCAAUCAGAGAUUUUCCUCAUCUGGGUUCUUUCUUUGAAAACCAGUUUCUCCAAAGUUGCGCAGCCCCCACGCUGCUGGAUCUGAACUCACUUUUUAUUAGGCCUGGACACAGGUGGCAGGUGAGGGAGGGGAUGCAACCUGCUGGUCUCAGGGGAGAGGGGCCUGGUGGUGACAACCCAGGAGAGGGUCCUAAUUAAGUAAAAUAUCCACCUGACAGUUGAAUCUUCAUUUGCCUCUGGUACUUACCUUUAUGCUUGUGAAUGGAAGUACUUAGGUUUGAUGCAUCCAUCCCCAACUGUUCAUUUACACAGCAGUACCAUCUCUGGUAAGUGGUUACAGACAUUGUAAUUAGCACCACUGAUUGAGCCAUCUGAUCCAUUUCUGUAAACUUGGAAACAACUACAAAAUAAAACUUUAUUUUACUGGUU